AUGACGACCCCUACGUAUCGCCUUGAGAAUGGCCUCGAGGACACGGCCAUCCAAGAAGACCACACUGGUCUCAAAAGUGGCGACUCCGCAGCACGUUUCGAAGAGAACACAACUGCUGAGAAGAAGCUCGUGCGCAAGAUCGACUUGUACCUGAUGCCCAGCAUCUGGUUCCUCUAUCUGCUUGCGUACAUGGACCGCAGCAACAUUGGAAACGCCAGGGUCGCCGGCAUGAGCCGCGAUCUGGGACUCUCAGACACCGACUACAGCCUGGCCAUCAACCUGUUCCAGGUCAGCUACGUCGUCUUUAGCGUGCCGUCCAACAUGAUUCUCGCGCGCACCAAGGCGAGCUACUACAUGAGCGCCAUCAUGGGUCUCUGGGGCAUCGUCGUGGCGGCCAUGGCGGCAGCCAGGACCCCUGCGCAGCUCUGGGGCUUGAGGUUUGCCCUGGGCACCCUCGAGGCUGGCUUCAGCCCGGCAGUGUUUUACGUGUACUCGGUGUGGUACCGCCGGCACGAGCAGAGCAGGCGCUUCAUGGUGUUUUGGUCUGCGGGCAUAUUGUCCGGGGCAUUUGCCGGCAUCCUCGCGGGACUGAUCGCUAGUGGGCUUGACGGUGCUCACGGUCUUGCUGGGUGGAGGUGGCUUUUCCUCGUCGAGGGUGUCAUAACCGUUGGCGUUGCGUUCCUCAGCCCCUUGGUCCUCCUCGACCAGCCCGAGCAGUGCAACAAGUUCACGGCCGAGGAGCGCGCCCUGGCCGUCAGGCGCCUCGACGCGGACGGCUUCGACACGGGCACGAGUCCCGGCCGCGACGAGCCUCGCCGCAAAGUAGUAACCCUGCCCAAAGCCCUGUGGGCGGCGCUCACCACGCCGGCCUUCUGGAUCAUCUUCAUUGCCUUCAUGAUGUUCUACCCCACGCUCGUCGAAGGGCUCGGCUACGACUCCGUCACGGCCCAGUUCAUGACCGCACCCUUGUACGUCGUGGCGGUCCCCUUCGCAGUGGCGCUGAGCUACCUGGCCGACCGGCGCCCGCACUGGCGCGGAGCAUACCUCUCCGCGACGCUCCUCGCGGGCGCGCUCCUGAGCGCCGUGGCCGCCGCCGCCGCCGCCGUUGUCGGCUCCCUGGUCGCGCGCUACGUCCUCAUGUGCCUGCUCAACUGCGCCAUGUACUCGGCCGUCCCGCUCGCGUUGUCCUUUGCGACUACCGAGCUCGGCGCCGUCGAGCCUGCCACCCGCGCCGUCGCGCUCGCCGUCAUGUCCGGCCUCGGCAACCUCGCCCAGAUCUACAGCAGCUAUCUCUGGCCCGCCGCCGACGCGCCGCAGUACGUCAAGGGGUUCGCGACGUACGCGGCCCUGCUCGCGCUCGGGGCGGGUCUGUACGUCCUGGGAUGGUGCUUGUUCAGGAAGGCUCCGCUCAAGGCAAGGGUUUGA